ACAGCUCGGUGACUUUGUUAGUCGAUAGGCCACACGAAGAUGACCGAAUCGUGCCGAAUUUUCCCGAUGUCUUGCCGACGAGGGCCGAAUGUCUCCGAUGUGGACGUCCGAGUUAGUCAGCACCACAGAACGCCACACGAGUAGCUCAGGCGUGCAACGGACGGUCGGAUAUCGUCUGAGGGAAACGUCAAUCAUUACCGCGGUUGAAGUCGGGUUUUUUCCGUGUACAGAACAGACAUUCGGGUCUUCUCAAACGCAUUUUUGGCGACUGAAUCAGCGAAAUGGACUGUUAGUCGGAUUUUUUCCCUCCAAAAAUCAGUCUUUUCAGCUAUCGUCUCAGUCUUGUACCAUAAUAACUGAGGAAAUCCUUUAAUCCAACGAGGGCUGGUGCAUAGCUAGCUAACCACGUAGAAUUCCAGGCCAGGACCCAAGCAACUGAGCUAAAAAAAGGCGGGAACUGUGUGAGAGAAAAUCAGACGACAAUUUGACAGAAACUUGAAAUUGCCCGCGGGGAACGAGAGCUAUGGAACAAGACCACCUGAGGAACGAGUCUGAGGUACAGCAUGUGGAUGUGCGGACCAUCACCCCCGCGCUGUUUGGAGUGGUAUGUUCCUUCGCCAUGAUGGGAAUCGUCCUGGCAAUCGCCAUCUUGGUUUUCAAUGUCAAACUUCGGCAGCAGCGACUCAUAAAGAUGUCAAGUCCGAACUUGAACAACCUGAUAAUUGGCGGGAGUUUGUUACUUUACGGCGCCGCCAUCUUGUUUGGCCUGGACCGUUCUUUGGUGGGAAGUUCGGAUAGAGCCCUACUGCACCUUUGUCAGGUCAGGACGUGCUGUGUGGUGGUCGGCUUCACCCUUGUUUACGGUUCUCUCUUCAGUAAGACUUGGCGAGUCUACAGAAUAUUUCGCAGCUCAACAGCGAAGCGUAUGGUCAUUCGGGACGACAAGCUCUUCGCAACCGUGGCAGUGAUCCUGCUAGUUGACGUCCUCAUACUCGGGCUCUGGUUUGGUCUGGACCCUCUGAAAUGGGAAACUGUAGGAGUCCCAGUAAGAAAGACGUUGGACACAGUGUCGGAUAGCGUAGCGACAACAAACGUCAUCUGGGUACAGAGAUGUUACUCGGACAACACUGAAGUCUGGAUCUCAGUAUUUUACAUUCUAAAAGGUCUUCUGCUCCUGUACGGAACCUACCUGUCCUGGGCAACGCGGGGGGUCAACUUUCCCGCCAUGAACGACGCCAAGGCCAUCAUCCUGAGUAUCUACUGCUGCGUGGUGCUUGUCGGGAUUGCCACGCCCCUGACCUUUCACCUGGACCAAUGGCCUGACGCGGUGUACGCAUGCGUGGCAGGGGUGUUGGUCGGGUGUACGACCGUGACCUUGUGUCUGCUGUUUUUGCCUAAGGUAAAACUGUGGAAGGAAUGGACAAACAACAAAAGUUUGAAGAGUUUAGGAUCACCUCAGUUUCUCAACAAAUCAAGUCACCAAUGUAACAGCCCGCCUAAUCCAGCACCAGAGACUCCUAGCGGCCAGGCAAACCACUGCAACCACAGCAAAGAUGGCGCCGACGGUAACCUAGCAACGGGAGCGAAAGAGGACGCGUUGUCAUCGAAAAGAGCCAGUAGGACGUCACUGAUACUUGACACUGAGAUGGCGAAGUUACUUGAAGAGAACCGCACACUUAGAAAUCUCUUGAAAGAGAAGGAAACCAAUAUCAAGGCUUUGCAAGAGAGAGUGGCAUCAGCGAAGGAUAAACUGCUUAACCUAGUCGCCCAAGUGAAUCCAGAUAGCGGGUUUGAAUCAGCAUCUACUGUACAGCGCGAGGACAGCGUCGAGACCAACAAAGAAUCUACGAACAAAAUGGCCGCCAUGUUUCCUGGGGGUCAGAGGUCAGUUCUAACGCAUGCGCAGUCAAGAGACGUGCUAACCCAGCGGCAUGAUGGGAAAGGAAGUGCUAAAAUAUCAUCUACUUCCUCUUCGGACACGAGUAGCCUAUCAUGUACCAGGGAAGCAGCGAUGAGUUCUCCUGUUACCGCAACACCCAAUAGAACGCUGCGGUACAUCCAAGAGCAAGGCAACGCCAUCGCUGAGGAUCUCAAAUACGCGGACGGUUUGUUCACGAUGUCGUUGGACGCCAACGGUUACCCGCGCAAGGGCGACCGGGACUUGUACGACUUGUACCGAAGCGAGGGAGCCUGGGACGACUACUACUACGACCUCUCCGACUCGGAUUUAUCUGCAUACGACAUGAUGUCGGACGACUGUAACAGGACGACGACUUUUGGCGGGAGAACGCAGUCCACCAUCCUGACCGACAGUCGUCUGUCGCCCGUGUUUACCGGCAUGGGAAACCCCAAUUUCCGAUCACGUGACAGCCUGUCGUCUCUAUCGUCUGACGAUGACGACGAAGACGACCUGUUGAAAUUUUUCCCGCCGCCUCAGUCUAUUCUCAAAAACACCCCAGUACGUACUACUCAACCAACGCGUACUAACACACAAACUGUAGCUUCUAUCAACAGAGCAGGAACGUUUUCAAACUCGAACCAUGUCAACCCAUGGCAUAACAUGAAAAAAGCUAUAACCCCAAAUAGCGUAAAAUGCAACGUAAAACAGACAGGCAAGACCACGGAGUUAGUAUUAUCUCCCGUAGCAUUUUCGUCAUCAUACCAAGAUACAUUAGUUUAA